AUGGUGGCUAAAGUUAUGCAAUCUGGAGCUAUUGUGGUUGGCUCUACAGUCUCUCCUCCUACAUAUACUGAAGUGCUUCAGAGGUCAAAUGCACCAGUGGAAACACCUCAGUUGGUUAACCAUGUUGACCCACCUAGGCCGCCAUCUCCUAUCUGGGAAAGUUUAAAGGAAGGUUCAUUGCCUAUGGUUUCAGUGGGCAAUGUGAAUUCAAAUGAUAAUGAGUUCAAACUUGCUUCAAGAGCUUUUAGGGAGAGACAAGAGCCUCGAGAUAACCAUGAGGCUAAAAGUCUUAUUGCGAGCCUGACUGAGCAGAAAAAUUAUACUAUUCAGCAAAACAAUAAGCUUUAA